GAGCGGGGUGCCGGCGGCGGGACCGAUCUCGCGGGAGAGCCGAACGGGGCCCGGCCCGGUCCACUGCGCCUUGUGGGGCCUCGCGCGGAGCCGGGGCGCGGUUCUGUCGGCGCGGGGCCCCGCCGGGCCCGGCUCGGCGCCAACGCGCCCUGAGGGGAAGCGGCCCCGGUGGGGGGGGGGGGAGCGGCUCCGCUCGGCGCUGCCCGCGGUCUGUCCCCCUCGCUUUGUGCUCCUAGUUGCAUCUACGGUGGGAGCGCCGACGCGGAGGCGGCGUGUCGGCUCAGGACGUGGUGCCGCUUUUCCCUCCUUGCAGUCGGGCAGUUUGUGUUGCCGAGGCCGACGGGGUGUUGCUGAAAUCCCCCGGAGGAGUUCUUUCGCUUUUAGAGUUAGUAACUCGUAUCGGUUGCAGCGCCCUGCGGGAUCCCUAGCACGUCUUUGAGCAAGGUGGCUUUGAGCUGUCUGCGUGUUUUGAAAACACUGGUGAGACCGAAGCGCUUUGGACGAGGCACAUAUGUGUGAGGACACACAAAUGUGCAGUGUGCUUGGAGCACACAUGGCAGAAUCUAACUGCGCCACGGCAUUCUUCCUCCUGACCAAAGUUCGUUCCUGAAAGCAGUGUUUUCUGGGGUUUUUCUCAGCCUGCAUACAAGAAAUUGUUGAAAUACCUCAUAAUAAAAUGCUACUUUAAUUAAAGAGACUGGUGACUCAUUUCCAGGAUAUGUUUCCAGUUUCAUUUAAUCUGAGAGGGGUUCUCAGGUUGUGUUUGUGUUAUUGUUCCAGGGCUGCACGACAGACCCUGGGGUUCCUCGUGUCAGCCCUGCUGCAUCCCAAUUCCUGUUACUCAGUGCCAAACCUGUGUGAUAGCUCUGCAGUGCCAGCCCAAUCCGUGUGCCAGUGGUUCGCCCUUGUUGCAUAAUAUUACUUCUGAGAUGUUGCAUUUGCGGGCAAAUCCACUCUCCUUUUUUAAUGGCAAGGCUUCUUUACUAUUUAUGCUAUUUAGUGGAGUUAUGUUGAUGAUUGGUGCUACUUUCAGUUAAUUCAUGAACCUAAAGGAAUACAGACUUUUGUAAAGGCAGGUGUGAUUGCCUUGCCCAUAAGCUAUGCAGCCGAGUGUUAGCUUUUCUGAUCUGCUCUCUGAUUAUUUUUUUUUUCCUCUGGUGUUUACAUAGUCCUACAUAAAAGUGAUAAUUCUGUUUAAGUAAAUGAGUGAGAAUUUGGUUCUGAGCACAGUACAAUCCAGAGAAAAGCUGAAAGUGCCAGAAUUAAAACAGUUUGCUGUUAGCUUAUCAGUAUAACUUUCAUUAUCUGUAAGUGUGGGUACUUUAAGCCUGUGGUGUUUAUAUUGAGAUUUGAGCUGUGACAUGUAGAGUCUUUGCCAAAAUGCAUUUGAAGGGGUAUAUGAUUCUGUUAGGAACCACUACAAAACCUCUUGAAUUCAUCCCACAUGGGUCACCAGAACCACUAUUAAAUGAUAUUAUGUAAGAUAGAAUCCUGCUGACCCUCUGAAGAAACACCACCGUAUGGAGAUGACUGUAGGUUUAGCGCAGGCCUUUCAGUUCCCGCAGGAGUUACAAAACUAUAAUUGAAACAAGAAGUUGUGUUUGAAGAGUUGUUCAGAGUUGAAGUGUUCUGCUCAUCUGAAAAGAAAAAAAAACCCCAAAACAACCACCUCAGUCCUGUUAACUCUGAUAGCGAUCAAAAUGGAGUUCUUGAUUAAGGAUUUAAACAGCACUAUCUGUUUAAACUCUGUACUUGUAAGAAGUGUGUUGCUGUGGCAGGGGUAAGUGUAGAAAAUUAACUAGAAUUGCUGUUCUAAACUUACUGGAUACUGUGCUGUGUUGAAAUCAGUGGGCUAACAGCAUUUCUGAAGGCUGGGCCUGGGGAAGUGGCAUGGGUAUUUUUUUUUCCCUACCAUUUCAAAAAAGCCAUGCUGAAAGAGUGGUCUUUUUUGGGACGCAGAGCUGUGAGUCUUGAGCUGACUUCCCAUGCAAUCCUGCUGUGUGUCAUUAAGGCAGGGGAACUUCUUUCCUUGUGUCUUCUAGGAGUUUGUUUGUUCUGGGGUUCUUGGAAACGGUUACAGAUCGUUAUCACACGUUCAGUUCACACUGCUGCAGUUUUUGCUGUUCUGGCACACCUGCGUCUCAUGUAGGAACAUGCCUUGAUAGCAUUGUGUUGGCAUCUGCGUAGUCCCCCUGUCCACAGCUGUUCUGCAGCAGUUCUGGUUUGUGCCUGCUGCUUUGACAAACGUGGGUGCAGUGGUGGAAGGGGGGUAAGAGCCAGAUGUUGUCUCCUGAGAGUACCAGGCCCAAAGAUGCUGCGGUGUUUUAAAGUCAAACUCAAUCCCUCCACCUGCAGAUUGCUGCUGUACCUGCAGGCGGUGCUGCGUACCCCUCUGAGAGGGCAUUCCCUUUCAGACAGCAUACCACUUGAAUAUAAGAUGAGGUCAGAAAUGUCGUGGCACCUGGCUAAUGGCACUGCAGAACCCGUUUAGUAUAGAGAUGUGGAAGCUCUAAUUUUUAGUGGGUUUUAAUGAACUAUAUAGAGAAGUUUGCUUUUGAUAGUGUCACUGUGCCACUGCAGUAUCACAGAAUGAUCUCGGGGGCAGUCAGGCAGCGGAAGGAUUUUUCUGGCAAAAAGAAAUUCUGAUUCUGCAAAUCUUUCUUGGUAAGCACCAGUGCUAUUGGUGAGAAAGCACUGGGGAAAGGAAGGGGUGUGUUAACCUGAGGGUUUGCUGCCCUCGCAGUGCUCGUCUCUGGGGGUCUGCCGAGUAGAAGUCAGCUUUGGCUGAACGCUCCUAUUUGUUGGUAGGAAGUGUCUGAAUCUGUGCAAGUGUUGUGUUGGAAAGGCAGCAGUGUUCCCUGUUGUAGUGCAGUGUUGGCAUAAAGGUGAUUUGUACCGAGUUCAGCAGAGCUGUUGGCUCCGUAGCUCUUCCACCAGGUGGCCCACGCGUGCUUCCAGGGACUCUGAGAAGUGAAGCUUCACUGCUGAAUGUGCUUGUGACCUUGUAACUGAAGUUAAAGCUCUAUGUCUUGAAAAAUACAGGAGCUUGUGUGACGUUUUGUGCUUGUUUGAGAUACGAACACUUCAUAGUGACCAAAGAGCGUGUUGGUUAAUGGCUGAGGCCAAGUGCUGGCGGGGGCUCGUCCUCCAUGCUGAGCCCUGUGCUGCGUGGGUGCUCUGCCUGUGGGGCUCGUGGGGGCCCAAGGGAGGGGUCAGUCUCCACAUGUAAUUCCUGAACUUCACUGUUUCUUUUAGACCAAUGUUUAAAAGCGAAAUUAAGUACAAGGAAGAGGAAUUGUGUUUCUGAAUCAGUUCCUAACUUCAGUGUUUUGGGUUAAGCUCUAGCUAGGCUUGGCAUGGUAUUAAAUCACCUGAAAGCGUGUGCAUGGGCAUGUUCUUUUCCCCUCUGAAAUGCAGCCCCCAUCCCUAAGAAGAGUGCUGGAUAAAGGGAGGACUGUGCUCAUUUAUUUCACUGCUGUACUUGACAAAUGCCUUCUGUGCUGCUGUUUCAUAGUGUUACCCCACAGCAUCCGUGUCCAACAGGAACAGUAGAUUUUUCUCUUAUUCCUGUUUCUCUUUUGCUUUUUCUUUCCUUGGAGGAGAGUAAGCUGCUAUUUCUUACUCUGUGUCUGACCAUGCUCAUUGCCUUCCUGCCCACUGUCAGUGUUUGUGCUGUCCUUGCUGACUUCCUGCUGCUCGUCCCUUGUCUGACUGGACAGGAUUCUGUGUGCAAGCACAAAUGGCGUGUUAUCUUGGUGGAGGGGACUCUGAUGCCAGCAGCAACUUCUGCUCCUCUUUGUGGCUCUGCUGACACGUUGAGGUUCUGCAUUUGCAUGUUUUUCCCCUUCCUGCUUUCUAGUUUCUUUUAAAAUCAGCUUUCAGCUACAUACCACGCACAUUUUGCCAGUUGACCCAGGUGCAGAGAACUUUCUUAACACGUUGGCUUUGUGACAGAAGCAUAGGUUUAAGGAAAGAGAUUAAGAAAUGACCCUAUUGGGAUUUCUUUCUGAACUGUGUACUGUCAGUUUGUGUAGGAAAUGGGCAGCACGGCCUUGCUGUUGUUAGUCACACGAGUUAACUCUUGUUUGGGACUGGAAAGUAAUUGCUGAAUGUGGUGGUGUUUUUGUCAUCCUGGCAGUGGAAAACAGAGAUAUCAGGCCAAAAACUUAGUACUGUAUUUUUUUUCAAAAAGAUGGCCUAAAGAUGAUGCAAAGGUUUUCCAGCUCAUGUCUCAGUGCUUUUGAGGUUCAGGAACUGUGCUUGAAUAUUUUUUCAGUAACUGUAGACAGCUGAUGAAGCCAGUAACGUUUGUUUUCAGGCAGACAUUUCUGUCUGGUGCAGAUAGACAUGUUUCUGCACUAUAGCUUCACGCUCGAGGUAGGAACUCAGAUGUUAUUUCAGGGUGAACAAAAUGAAGUGAUAGUGAUGGGUAAGAUGUCAGAAAGGUGCUGUGUUUUGUAUUUAUUGAAAUGCCUUUGCCUAGUAGUACUUCUAAUGUACAUACAGGUAUUUCUGGAUAAGGGAUUGUAAUGUCUUUGGAUAUGUGGCAUGGCAGCUCUGACAGUACCAUUUGAAAGCUGGACAAAGCAGCAGAAGGCUGCAGUAUCAGAUGUCACUAGUAGAUUUGGGAAAGAAACUUCUAGAAGCUGCACGAGCGGGACAAGAUGAUGAGGUUCGCAUUCUGAUGGCCAAUGGAGCACCUUUUACCACAGAUUGGUUGGGAACAUCUCCACUUCAUCUGGCAGCACAGUAUGGACACUACUCAACGACGGAGGUGCUGCUGCGUGCCGGUGUAAGUCGGGAUGCCAGAACAAAAGUGGACAGAACGCCGUUACAUAUGGCAGCUUCAGAAGGCCAUGCCAGCAUAGUAGAAGUCUUACUUAAGCAUGGUGCUGAUGUCAAUGCUAAGGACAUGCUCAAGAUGACUGCACUUCACUGGGCUACUGAACAUAACCACCAAGAAGUUGUGGAACUCCUAAUAAAGUAUGGAGCAGAUGUUCAUGCUCAGAGUAAAUUUUGCAAAACUGCAUUGGACAUUGCAAUAGACAAUGGGAAUGAAGACCUUGCAGAAAUAUUACAGAUUGCAAUGCAGAACCAAAUCAAUACGAAUCCGGAGAGUCCAGAUACUGUGACAAUACAUGCAGCAACACCACAAUUCAUCAUUGGACCUGGAGGGGUGGUGAACUUAACAGAUGAGACAGGAGUGUCUGCUGUGCAGUUUGGAAAUUCAUCAACGUCAGUAUUAGCCACAUUAGCAGCUUUAGCAGAAGCAUCAGCCCCACUGUCUAAUUCUUCAGAAACACCAGUUGUGGCAACAGAAGAAGUGGUGACUGCAGAAUCUGUGGAUGGUGCUAUUCAGCAAGUUGUCAGUUCUGGAGGUCAGCAAGUUAUUACUAUAGUUACAGAUGGCAUUCAGCUUGGUAAUCUGCAUUCAAUUCCAACCAGUGGAAUAGGGCAACCAAUAAUUGUGACCAUGCCAGAUGGGCAGCAAGUAUUAACAGUUCCAGCAACAGAUAUUGCUGAAGAAACAGUGAUAAGUGAAGAACCACCAGUCAAGAGACAGUGCAUUGAGAUUGUUGAAAAUCGUGUGGAGUCUGCAGAAAUAGAAGAAAGAGAAACUCUCCAGAAGCAGCUGGAUGAGGCAAACAGAGAAGCACAAAAAUACCGUCAGCAGCUUCUGAAGAAAGAGCAAGAAGCAGAGGCCUAUCGGCAGAAGUUAGAGGCAAUGAACCGCCUCCAGACUAAUAAAGAAGCUGUUUAAUAAAAAAAGAACAUACUGCAAAGCCUGUUACUUUCAAAAACCUGCAGUACAAUCUUGAACUGUUCUCUGUAUAGGUGCAGACACAGGAUUACAUGAUAGAGAAGAUGCUACAAGUCGAUAACUGGACUUAAGCCGUGAGCUCUGAUGAAUUUCUUGUAACAUAAAAACUCUGAAUUUAGAAAUUGUGAAAAGUAUUUAAAAUGAAAUACUGUAAAUAGUUGUUUUUUUUACAGUUUCAAAAUGAGUUGAUAAAUCUUUUUGAAGGGAUCCAGAAACACGAAGCCAAUGUUUUUGUGAAAUUUUUGAUUUUAAUAUGAAUCUAACUUCUGAAAAAACAGAACAGUUUUAAGGGUGAUGCUGAUUCAUCUGACAACUUGAAAAUGAAUUAUAUGACAAAAGGAAUUAACAGUUAUUUCUACAUGGUAACAACUUCUCUGAAUAAGACAUUUCCAGGUGGAAAUCUUUGUACAGCUUUAAGUAGUUGUCUCAGAUUCUCUGAAAACCAUUUUUUGGGUUUGUUGUUUUUGUUUUUUUAGGCGGUGAAAUUUUUAUAUUUAAUUUCAGAUAUAUCCAAGUAGAUUUACAUGUAUAUGAAGCUAAUAUUUUUUAAACUUUUUGGUUUGUACAUAUGCUGCAUGUUUUUAUAAUUUCUACGCAUACAACUUGCAUAGGCAUUUUUCAGCAAAGAGGAGGGCAAGUUAUGAGAGCAAUGUUUAGCCUAUAGGUCAUUGGAAGUAAGCUAGCAGCUGGUUUUAUUGUGGAAGAUACGUCUCUUGGAGAAUGUAAUUUGUAAUUAAAAAAAACAAAACCAAAAUCUUAAUUUUCAUAAGAGAUGAUUUAAAGUUUGACGGUGGAGGCAUUGCAGCUUCACUUUGGGCAUCUUGCAGUUUUCAGAGACAAACGUUUUAAAGUUCAGAAAUGAAUAGCAAACAAUGUCUCCACUGGAACACAACUAGUUAUUUUAGAGUAUUCUUACUGAUCUGUUUUCCCCAAUAGCCUUGAAAUCAUUUCAAUGAUACUUUUUUUUUCUAAACAGACUUUUGCAUUUUAAUUAUGCAAUUGGUCAAGUAAUUUUUUUAUGUUUUAGUGAUGCUGCUCUUACCCGGCAUCAUUGUUCUUCACUGUGAUACUGUGUUUGUGUGCGUCUGUGCAGUGAUACGUUACGCUUAGGAUUUAUAUAGCACAUUACAUCUUCAGAGCAUCGCAAAAUCUUUUUAAGAACCCUUACUGUACUGCCUGAGGCAGGUAAGUGAGUGUUAUUAUCUCAGUUUUAUAACUGGUAUAAGCGCGACACAGGGAGUAUGAAACAAUCGGUCUGAGACCACAAGAAUCUGUGGUAGACCUGGCAAGAGAUCUCAGGAGUUCCUGGCUUCUGGUCCUGUGCUUAGACUGAGCUGCCUUAAGAUUGUUCAGUGCUGUGUUACACUAAAUUUUAAACUACUGUGCAGGUUCCUUUUUUUUUUUUUUUUUUUUGUAAGAUAAAACUCUUUGUGCUUUGCUUUGUUGUUCCAUGUUUCACUGCUUUUAUGGAAUUGUUUAUAUAAAGUUAAGCAAAAAGUCUAGUUUACCUAUACUGUAUACAGGAUGAUUACCCUUAAAACUGUACUCUGGUCUACUUUUUCUAUUUUACAAUUAAAUAUCUUUUCCACA